UGCUGUUGUUUUUGCAUGUCUUAUUAUAACCAUUAUGUUCAUUGUACCUGUUUUCAUAGCCCAAGGGCUUGCUAAUUUGGCUCAGUUAGAGACCAUGCUACCCUUUUUGAGCGGCAUAUUAAGGAUGAAAAUCGUUACCCAAGUGGUUACAGGAUUUCUUCCGAGUCUCAUCCUUGAGAUGUUUUUAGUUUUAGUGCCACCAGUCAUGAUCAUGCUUUCUUCCAUUCAAGGACACGUUGCCCUUAGCCAGAUUGAGAAAAGUGCAUGUAUCAAAAUGGUAUGGUUCACCGUAUGGAACAUCUUCUUUGCCAAUGUGCUAUCCGGAUCAGCGCUAUACAAGUUUAACCUUCUUCUGGAGCCUAAAAAAAUUCCUGAACUAUUAGCCGUGGUUGUUCCUGGACAGGCCUCAUUCUUCAUUGCAUAUGUUGUAACAUCUGGAUGGACCACUACAUUUUCUACAGAGCUUUUUCGGCUGAAGUUCCUCGUUUGUAGAUUUUUGAAAGGAGGUAUGUGUUGCUGCUCUAAUGAAGAACUCGAGGUCCUUUCCAACCCUUAUCACAGACAAAUUCCCAGAAUUCUCUUUUUCAGCCUUCUUGGUAUAACGUACUUCUUCCUCGCACCCCUUAUUUUGUAUCUGAUCACUCUCUCCCAAUAACUACACUGGUAAUUGUAAUUUAUAAU